AUGGCGGAGAGAGAAAGUCUCGAGCUUACUCCUCGUGAGAAGCUUCGGCUCAUGAAGAGCCCGCUUAUCGAGGAUGCUUCCGAGCGGCGAGGAUCAGAGCAACCGAAUCUCAGCGAAUUUGGGGAUCGCUUCAGCGACCCGACCAUACAGUUUCAGAGGCAUGAAGAGGCUGGUAUGCUGGAGGUAUUCACAGACUUGUUUUUCGCCGCAAACUACGUCGUCUUUUCGAAGGAGCUGGCAGUCACCAGUAUCGACCGACUCGGGUCUUAUGCUGGAUACUUUUGUAUGCUGUGGAUAAGCUGGCUUGUCGUUGGGCUUUACGACGUUAGAUUUGUGACAGACAGCAUAUUUGAACGACUGGUCCGAGCUGUUCACCUUGGAGUCUUUGUGGGAUUCGCAGUGGUCGCCCCGAAAUUCAACCCAAACGACCAGGAUUUGUCUUCUAUGAGGGCAAUGUCUCUCAUUCUGAUGGCCUCUCGACUGGCUUUGGCGAUCGAGUAUGCCAGUAUCCUAUGGCACCUGAGAAAAUUUAAGCGCACCCACCUCCCAUUCUACAUCCAGAUUGCGAUCCAUUUCAUCGCAUCAAUGAUCUAUCUCGGUAUUACAUUCCGCUUCAGCGAAGAUAAACAGAGCCGCGUGUUCAUCACGUGGUACGUUGUUGGUUCUUUGGAGGUUGUCUUAACCCUUGGGCUAUCGCUUGGGUUCUCUGUUCUCAGUCUUGUCAAGACUCACUUGAUGAAUCGUAUGAGCCUUUUGACGAUUGUGAUUCUCGGCGAAAGUAUCGUUGCUCUGGCUGAAAAAGUCGUCAUCAUUGUUGAAGGUCCUGAUGCGUGGGAUGCUGCUACUAUUGGAAUCCUGACUGCUGGCGUGGCAACAACUUACAUGCUGUUUUUGAUCUAUUACGACUGGAUGAAAACCGCAUACCUCCCUCCGUUGCGCCAAAUUAUAUGGACACUGCUUCAUUUUCCAUUCCAUCUCGCACUGGUUCUCUUCAUGCAGGGAUUCACCCAGUUCAUUCAGUGGUCCAAAGUAAUAGACGUCAUUAACCAUCUAUCAGUCAACUGGAUAGUCGAAGAUCCUCGCGCACUUGAAGAUACUACCAGCGUUGAAGUGCAGAAGAAUAUUACGGAAGAGCUCAACGAGUUCUUCGAGUUGUACCAUCCCGAGUACUCCGAUACAAACGAUCUCAUCAGCGAUGCACUGGCCAACAUCACAGACAUUCCUAAUUCCUUUUGGUCUAAGCUGUCAAAAGCCGAGGUUGAACCCGACUUCUUUCUGCCAAACGACACAACUACAGAUCUGUUUCAGAAUAUCAUGGAUUCCCUUCAGACCGCAAUGUACAACAGCAUCUUUUCGACUUUUGAAAUUGACCUGGAAGGAGAGAUUAGCAAAGAAAACGAAGAACAAGGCAUCGAAGACACCUCAACAAAUGCCCAGUUUGCAUCACAGGUCACCGACGAGACCUUGGAGCGUUAUUUCCUAGUGUUCACUUAUGGCUAUGUCGCCGCUGGUCUCUGCCUAGCACUCAUGACUCUUCUGGCAGUCGUUGCCAGAGUCACUCCCUGGAAACCCUGGCCGGUCAUCCGCACAAUCAUCAUCUUCCUCUUGGCUCUAGGCAUGGGCCUCGUUGCGUUGCUCAGAACCAACGACGACAAAUUGAAUGCCUAUCUCGACACCCCUUGGCUGUUGCCCACGCUCUGUAUCGCUUGGGGCGUUGUUCUCAUUCUCACGCAUGUCCCCCACGACGCCCCGAUUUUCUUCAAACGACACGGCCCCAUUCCGAUGCGCCGCAGAUCUCGUGAGGAUAAAACGAGCAGCGAGUCCGAACACGCUCAACCCAUGGUCAGCAACAUGCAAGGGCCAACCUCUUACAGUGGAGCGUCAGGCAUGCCUUAUGAAUAUCGGCCUGCACCACAGCCUCCUCACAACAACGAUUACGUUUAA